AUGCAGACAUGCGGGAAGCCGAUAGACACGCUCAUGGAGCGUGUUCUGUCGAUGAACAUCCUUGCUUCGGACUACUUCCGCGGUCUGUUCCGAUUAAAGACGUAUCACGAGGUGAUCGACGAGAUCUACUACCAGGUGUCGCACGUGGAGCCGUGGAUGACGGGCAACUGCCGAGGGCCGUCCACGGCCUUCUGCCUGCUCUACAAGUUCUUCACCAUGAAGCUCACGGUCAAGCAGGUGCAAGGGCUCAUCACGCACGCGGACUCGCCGUACAUCCGCGCGGUUGGGUUUCUGUAUAUCCGGUAUAUGGCAGAGCCCAAGACCCUGUGGGGUUGGUGCGAGCCGUAUGUCAAGGACCCAGAGGAGUUUUCCCCGGGGAGUAAUGGCAAGAACACCACCAUGGGGAAUUAUGUGCGCGACCUGCUGCUGGGCCAGUACUACUUUGACUCGCUCUUCCCCCGCAUCCCAGUGCUUAUCAGCCGUCAGAUCAUCUCCAAUCUGGAGGCUUUAAAGCUGCCCACCCAGCCGUCAGGCAUGGCAGCAUCAGCGGAUAGACGGGGUGCAGACGACAGCGCUGCCCGCCGGCCGCCCUCAGUGAAAGCUGCCUUGUCUGUAGCGUUCGGGCAGAGGGCCCCGCAUAGAGCCCGUGAUCGCUCGAGAUCAAAGGAGAGGAGUGCGGAAGAGGAGAAGAAGAAUGCAAUGUCAGACCAACUGAAGAAACUGAGGGAUCUGUAUGGGGAUGGAGGGAGCAAGAAGGAGGCACAGCCAUCACAGGGGUACCGGGGGAGAGGGGAUGAUGAGGUGAUUCGACUGGGAGGGUCCACCUGGAAAUAG